AUGAUACGGCUUGAGCCAACUCAGCGGUUUUGUCAAAAAUGUCAGUUCAAAUGCGAAUCAGCUAUUAGUUUUGAAGAUAUUAGCGAAUUUGUCUACAAUUCUUUAAGAUCUUUAGAAGGAACUAACGAACAGUAUAAAAGUGACUCCGAACUUGGCGCUAUAAAUAUUAAAAUACUAAAAAAUCAAAAUUUGAUUGAAGUAUUUGCGCCCUUUACAUAUCCAAACAACUCAAUUCCUGCGCUUUGGCGACAAAUUCAAGAAAGAGAACAUGAUGGUUAUAACAAUUUAAGUACUCAACAAGUUUAUUACUGGUGGUCUAUAGAGUCACGAAAAAUUUAUCAACGUAAUUCGGAUUCUUUAAAAUCAGCACAUUUGUUAUUAACGUUAAAUGAAUUUAAACAAGAGAUUAUUAUUUAUAUAACAAUUCCAACUGUUUAUAAUGUUUUUAAUUUUCAAUAUUUAAAUCUUUCAUUUUACUAUAAUUCACUUGAAACUAAUGAAAAAGACUUUUUACUCGAAAGUGAUGCCGAAAAAGAAGCUCCAGAUAAUGUUUUAAAUCAUUUAUUUGAUAUUCUUGAUUAG